CCGCAGCUGUCAGUGCAAACACAGCACGUGCUGGUGUUUUUUGGAUCUUAUGGCUUUCCGUACUCAAGACUGAUUAUUUCUGUCCUGUUCGCUACUUCUGCAAGCUUUACUCCUUAAUGUUAUAAACGCGCAUCCUUCAGUUGUUGUAUUUCAGAAACGGCAUGAUCGGAGACAUUUUUCCAGCAGAAGAUGGUUUAUUUGAGGAAACGUUCAGCACAGACAACACAUACAGAGUUCACGGACUGAACAUCACGAUUCAUCAGGAUUACAGCGCGAACCUUGGCGUCGCUGCGUCAGUCUGGGACUCCGCUCUGCAUUUAUGUCAGUUCUUUGAGAGUAUGUCUCUCGAUCUCAGUGGGAUGCGGAUCAUAGAGUUGGGCGGAGGAACAGGUCUUGUUGGCAUAGUGGCUGCAAGAUUAGGAGCCCAUGUGACCAUCACAGACUUACCUUUUGCCAUUUCCCAGAUAGAGAUGAAUAUUGCAGUAAAUACCCCUCUCUCAGGAUGGCCCUCAGACGCCCCCACUGUAUCGGCGCUGUCAUGGGGCCUCGACCACAGCCGAUUCUCCUCCAGCUGGGACUUUGUGCUGGGUGCUGAUAUCGUCUACCUGCCUGAAACCUUCCCUCUUCUUUUGGACACAUUGGUUCAUUUGUGCAGGGAUGGUGCUGUUGUCUACCUGGCAUCAACGAUGCGCAGAGAGCAUGGCGCUCAGGACUUCUACGACUCUGUGUUACCACAGAUGUUCAAUGUGGAGCUUGUGCAAAGAGAUCCUGAGAACAAUGUCAAUAUUUAUAAGGCCACUUUGAGAUGAGUUAGACAUCCAUCCAUCCAUUCUCCAAAUCACAUGUCCUAUGUGGGGUGUCAGAGUCUAUUUUUAUAUCUGGAGCUGGGAGGUUUGAAUAUGUACUAUAUAUAUAUAAGAUUAUUUAUAAAUUUUAUGAUACUUGUAGCCAGUGGUCAAAUUGUAAAAAAAAAAUUAAGGGGGAUGGUGGGAUGGCGGAAUCCUGUGAUUACAAAUUAUAUUUAAAAAAAAAAAAACAUUUUUAUUUAACAACAACAAAAAAAAAAAAAAAAAAAAAAACUUUACUUAAUGAACUAUGGUUUAUGAGCUGUUUUUCUUGUGGGGCCUGAAAUGUCAAAAGUUUUACCUUUUUUUUGUGUGUGGAGACAUUGGUCUUCCCAAACCAAUGCACACACACUUGCAUGCACACAAUCUGUGUGUCUGUGUACCAAAUGACCUAAACGAUGCCUUUUAUUUAGGGGUGUGCGUUAUUGUCAAAAAUGAUAUAAUAUUUUUGGGGGGGACUUUUGUUGAUAACAAUAAUUAAUAUUUUGCUGAGUGUGUUUUUGUGCUGGUUUAGGCUUGUCAUGGAUAAAUAAAUAUGUUAUGAUAAAUAAAACCGCCAGUAGGUGGUGGCAAGUAUCUGUUUUAAUAAAUGAUUUAUUGAAUUCACUGAAUCAAACGAUUCUUUUAAAAUGGGUGAUUCAGUUGGGAUCGAUUGGGAUUUUUGUUUGUUUUUGUCAAGUGACAGCUUGAUGAUGCCAGCUAACGUGAAUUAGAAUAGGUGAUCAUUUUUGAAUAGACCGCAUCCAUCUUCUCUCUCUUAUCUUCUCUCGUCCUCGCAGUCACACAUAGUAAAGCACAAUAACGUUGUAAUAUCAGGGAAUGUCUUCAAUGAAAUACCUUAUUAUGUUGUCUUUUUUUUAAAUGACGACAACAUACGUCUCCGUAUUGUUCACCGGUGCCAAUAUAACUUUGGCCAUCUGAGGUCUGAGGAAGCCAGGAAACCGAACAGCAGAAGGUCGCCCACAGGGGACAGAUAUACACCUCCAGCCCAUUUGUCUGAAUUGUCCACAUAGGGGCAGUUCACAACACAACCUU